AUGGAUUGGGGCAGUUCUUUCUCACCGGCUCUUCCAGAUUCAUACCGCAUUCUCGCGGAGAAGGACUUUCCAACAGAAAUGAAUGCCACAUUGGGGUGCCAGAAACUCUGCCUCGACCGGAAAGAUUGCGUGCACUUUACCGUCGAGUUUCCUAUACGUUCCUGCAUUUUGGUUGGAAAAGAUGCACUUGCCACAGCUGGAAUAGUCGGGGCAAUAUCAGGUCCACCGAAGUGUGGUGACAAAGCGAUGCAGUCUUACUACUGGGAGUUGUCCCCGCAAGGGGGGCAGCAACAAUGGAGAUAUGUCGAUCCAAAAGUGGUGAGCUUGGCACUUUUGUCCGUCGCUGGCGCUGUGCUGCUUUUUCUGGCGUUGCUGCGACGGAAUUCUCCAGCAUGCUCUGCUCGGGGUAUGCAUCACGCAGUGCAACACGCUUGCUACACCCAAGCAAUGACCGAGUCGCCAAGCCAUGAGUGGAACCAGGCAUUGAUGAAGCCAGUGCCAGUGGACUGGGACAUUGAGUUUGCAACUGCUCCUGAAGGGUACCCGUAUCCCGAGUGA